GGUUUGAGCGCAGCCGCUUUCUGCAGCCGGGCGACGCCGCGGGCCACCUUGGGGAGCGCUGGCGAGGCGCGGACGCCGGAGCCCGGCAGCUCGGCCCGCGGCACUCGCUCUCGGGCGCGGCGGCGGGGACCCGCGGACGCGGACCCGGCAGCACAACAUCCUCAAAUAAAUCCAUCAGAAUGACACCUUCUCAGGUUACCUUUGAAAUAAGAGGAACUCUAUUUCCAGGAGAAGUUUUUGCUAUAUGUGGAAGCUGUGAUGCUUUGGGAAACUGGAAUCCUCAAAAUGCUGUGGCUCUCCUUCCAGAGAAUGAGACAGAUGAAAGCAUGUUUUGGAAAGCAACCAUUAUACUCAGUAGAGGAGAAUCAGUUCAGUAUCGCUACUUCAAAGGGUGCUUUUUAGAACCAAAGACUAUCGGUGGUCCAUGUCAAGUCAUAGUUCACAAGUGGGAGACUCAUCUACAACCACGAUCAAUAACCCCUUUAGAAAGUGAAAUUAUUAUUGACGAUGGACAAUUUGGAAUCCACAAUGGUGUUGAGAAUUUGGAUUCGGGAUGGCUGACGUGUCAGACUGAAAUAAGAUUACGUUUGCAUUAUUCUGAAAAGCCUCCUGUCUCUAUAACCAAGAAGAAAUUUAAAAAAUCCAGAUUUAGAGUGAAGCUGACACUAGAGGGUCUGGAGGAAGAUGAUGAUGAUAGGGUGUCUCCCACUGUUCUUCACAAAAUGUCCAAUACCCUGGAGAUAUCCUUGAUAAGCGACACUGAGUUCAAGUGCAAGCAUUCACAGCCGGAUUGUGGGUAUGGCUUACAGCCUGAUCGUUGGACGGAAUAUAGCAUACAGACAAUGGAACCAGAUAAUUUGGAACUAAUAUUUGAUUUUUUUGAGGAAGAUCUCGGUGAGCAUGUAGUUCAGGGUGAUACUCUUCCUGGACAUGUGGGUACAGCAUGCCUCUUAUCAUCUACCAUUGAUGAGAGUGGGAAAAGUGCUGGAGUCCUCACUCUUCCUAUCAUGAGCAGAAAUUCCAGACAAACAAUAGGCAAAGUAAGAGUUGACUAUAUAAUUAUUAAGCCAUUACCGGGAUACAGUUGUGACAUGAAAUCUUCAUUUUCCAAGUAUUGGAAGCCAAGAACACCAUUGGAUGUUGGACAUCGAGGUGCGGGGAAUUCUACAACAACUGCUAAGCUUGCUAAAGUUCAAGAAAAUACUAUUGCUUCUUUAAGAAAUGCUGCUAGUCAUGGUGCAGCCUUUGUGGAAUUUGAUGUACAUCUUUCAAAAGAUUUUGUGCCUGUGGUGUAUCAUGACCUUACCUGUUGUUUGACUAUGAAAAAGAAAUUUGAGGCUGAUCCGGUUGAAUUAUUUGAAAUUCCAGUAAAGGAAUUAACAUUUGACCAGCUCCAGUUGUUAAAGCUUACUCAUGUGACUGCACUAAAAUCUAAAGAUCUAAAAGAAUCUGUGGUUGAAGAAGAAAAUUCUUUAUCUGAUAAUCAGCCAUUUCCUUCUCUUAAGAUGGUUUUAGAGUCUUUGCCAGAAGAUGUAGGGUAUAACAUAGAAAUAAAGUGGAUCUGCCAACAAAGGGAUGGAAUGUGGGAUGGUAACUUAUCAACAUAUUUUGACAUGAAUCUGUUUUUGGAUAUCAUUUUAAAAACUGUCUUAGAAAAUUCUGGAAAGAGAAGAAUAGUGUUUUCUUCAUUUGAUGCAGAUAUUUGCACAAUGGUUCGGCACAAGCAGAAUAAAUAUCCCAUAUUAUUUUUGACUCAAGGAAAGUCUGAUAUUUACCCUGAACUCAUGGACCUCAGAUCUCGGACAACUGCUAUUGCAAUGAGUUUUGCACAGUUUGAAAAUCUACUGGGGAUAAAUGCACAUACUGAAGAUCUGCUCAGAAACCCAUCCUACAUUGAAGAGGCAAAAGCUAAGGGACUAGUCAUAUUCUGCUGGGGUGAUGAUACCAACGACCCGGAAAACAGGAAGAAAUUGAAGGAAUUUGGAGUUAAUGGUCUAAUUUAUGAUAGGAUAUAUGAUUGGAUGCCUGAACAGCCAAAUAUAUUCCAAGUGGAGCAGUUGGAACGCCUGAAGCAAGAAUUGCCAGAGCUUAAGAGCUGUUUGUGUCCCUCUGUUAGCCACUUUGCUUCCUCAUCUUUGUGUGAGGAGCCUGGUAUCCAUGUGGAUGCCAACGGCAUUGAUAGCAUGGACAGUGCUUAGUUUUUAUGGGGCAGAGGCCAUCGGGGGGCAUGCACUGCUGUUCUGGGUAUUCACUUUUCAUGAGCAUUGUUUAUCUAUGCCUUUUAGUUUCUCAGUCCAAUGAAGCAAUAAUGAAGUAUUUUACUGUUUCACUACAGUUCUUGCUAGAAUUUCAAGUAUGCUAUUUAAAUCACUUGGCCAGGUAUAAUUACCAGUCAGCCUCUUUACAAUGAGAAAAUGUAUUGGUUGGUAAAUAUUUUAAACUAUACAUGUAAGUGGAUAAUGUUAAACAAAUGUCCAUUAAAAUCAUAGCACUUUGAAAUUAACUCUAUAAAUAUCUCUUAUUUACUCUUCUUACAGUUUUUCAUUCAAUCAGGUCUGAAAUAUUUAGCACUUGAGGAACAUGACUAUGCAUAAUUAUACCUGACCAUGGGAAAAAUAAGUACCUCAAAUGCAUGCAUUUGCACUGGUGAUUCCAACUGCACAAAUUUUUGUGCCAUCUGUGUAUAUAUGUAUUUUUUACAUGGGCUGACAUGCACAUCUACCAUUUUCCUUCAGUAUGAACCUUGAGGCUGCUGCCUUUUUUCCAUUUAACCAAACCAAUGCCUGUGUAAACAGCCUAGAGGUGAUCCUUGAAAACUUGUUUCACAAAUUGUUUUGCAUAACUGUUAAAAUUUUUGAAAUGCUGCAGGGUAAUUUAAUGUAUAAAAUGUUAGAAGAAGUAUGUAUUGCAUACUUAGUAGAGUAGAUCAUUAUGUGUAAAUUCUACUCAAUGCAUGCUUUAGGUUUUAAGCAUGAGAUUGUACACGUUUACCGUAAGUCCUUGCAUCUGUGGUGCUAGGUAAGUGUGAGAAGGUGUCAAGGACUAAAAAUAAAUACUUUGUUGCCUAAAAAAAAAAGGCCUGUUUGCAGGCAUUUAAAAUAUGCUUAUUUUAGGUCUCUCUCACUACCUACUACACACCGUUGCUUUAUGGGUUUGUUUUGUGUGUGUGUGUGCUGUGUGUGUUGUACAGUAGUUAAAUCUCCUUGCAAAAAAAUAAAUAUCCUGAAUUCUCA